ACAAACGGGCAUAAACUAUCGUGGCCUGCUUUCGUCCUCGGCUUUUCCGUCGGCGCAAUGGUCUUUACGGUGGCUUUCUCGGUGAUUUUUCUCUACUACCGAUACAUCAUGAACAAAACUGGAGGAUUCAGCCUUAAGGUGACUUACAUUUUCUGCAAUUUGCUUAUUUCCUGA